UUCUUCCUCCGGGUUCCUCUGCCUCGAUCUCGCUCUCUCUCUCUGGUCUAUACGUGCUAGAACCUCUCUGAAACCUUCGCGUCGUCGCCCCCUCCUUCGAUCGCGGCGGCGAAGAUCCUCCUCCAUGAUCGCGGGCAGCUCCUGAGCAGGCCCUUCUCUCCUCGCCGCUCGCUCCGGCGAUGGCGAUCGCGUUCAAGUUCAGGAGCGCGGCGCACUUCGACUCGCUCGACCUCGGCGACGGCCGGCCUUCCAUCUCGGUCGGCGACCUCAAAUCCGAGAUCCGACGCCUGAAGAACCUGCAUGCCUGCUACGGCUCCGACCUCCGCGUCUCCGACGCCGCCACCGGCGUAGAGUACAAGGACGACAAUGUUCAAAUUCCAAGUGGUUCGAGUGUGAUUAUUAAGAGAGUACCCGCCGUAUCCGUGUCGCCUCUUGCCAUCCAUAGCAAUGAUGUUAUCGAGAAUUUUGGGAUCAAGGAUAUUAAUCCCGGUGUUAUCUCUUCACCGGAUGAUAAGGACAGGACUUUGAAGAAAACUUCUCUUUCAGUGGAAGAGGACAUUUUCGACUUUGCUGACUUCGGGGAUGAUGCGUGUCCUGUUCUCGAGAGAAUGGUCGAUGACUCCAGCUUCAAUGUCGAGAAAAAGUGCAGUUUUAGCGAUGAAAGCCCCAUAAUUGGUGCUGUAAGAUGUAAUAAGCUAACAACAGUAUUAGGUCGGAGAUUGGAUGAUUACAAUCGCAGUGAGGCUGUUUCAAGAGGUGCCUUGGCAAAGUGGAUUGGAAGGGACAAGUUGCUGGUUGAAGGAAAAAAUAAAACUGAAGAACUUUUAAAAUUGCAAAAGGCCACCAAUGCCUCUUUUGUAGCCACUCAAAAUGCUGACCUGCCGUCAGAGCUCAAAUGCUCUCUCUGCAAUUCACCUUAUGACGAAGCAGUGAUGAUACCUUGUUGCCAGAAUAGUUAUUGCGAGCGAUGUAUACGUCCAGUGCUAAAUGAGAAGUCACUCUGUCCAAAUUGUUCUGCAAAAUGCAGAGCUGAAGAUUUGCUACCUAAUGUAUCUCUCAGGCAUGCUGUUGAGAGUUUUCUUAGGUCCCAGGUUUUUGCUGAUGGUGGGGAGGAUGUCCAUCGUUAUGCACCGGAUGGGGAAUCUGGCAUUCAAGGAAAUGAAGCAUUUGGUGAUUUGACCAUUGUUAAGAGGCGCUCCGACUGUUGUCAACCUUCCAAAGUAACUGGGAAAGGACCUGGCCAUAUCAUAUCAGAAUAUGCCCUAGAUUGGAAGUCCAGGGACAAAGAUGCAACUGAGAGGGCAAAACAGCUGUAUGAAGAAGAAGUAGACUCUAGUUGUCCUGUAGAUCUCCAAUGUGGAAAUUUGGCACUGUUUCCUGAUUCUAAAGUGAAAAGCCAGUCCAUGCCAGAGCAAGCUGAUUCUUUUGUAAAGAUGAGGAAUGGAUUGAUCAACUCCACAGGUGGGGAUGUGAAUUUAUUGGAGACUGGAAGAGAUAGAAAGGGGUGCCGAGCCUGUUAUAUGUGCGGCUCUUUGGAUCAUUUGAUAAGAAAUUGUCCACAUGCUUCCACACCAUGUCCUAUGCCUCAGAGAGGAAAUGCUUUCUUCCCAGAUAGUGUCUCUCCACUUGGGGGGAAUGCUACUCCCCUGCUCCAUGUUAACCCUUAUGUGGAUCAAUUUGUUAAUUUUGGGAUGAUGCCCCUCAAUACAGCUGUUAUUCCUGCUGCACCUUCAUCUGUUCCAAUGUAUAUGUCUACGAUUUAUGGUGGAUUGCCUGCCUAUGGGGGCUUUACGAGGUCGGGAAGCAUGGCACCUGUGGUGGGAGUUGGUACACGCCCUGACCAUAGCUUUCAAGAGCUAAAUGAUCUUCACAAUUGUGAAAAGCAAUGGGCACCGGCCAAGAAGUAUAUGACGAGGGAUACAUCUACUGAUUUUGGAGUUGAUGAUGGUUUUAUUAGGAGAUGUCGUCUUGUCGAUGUGGAAAGACGUCAGAAGGAAGAUAGUUUCAUCUAUUCUGAUGACAGCUUUUCCCAAAAGCCACAAAGAGAGCAUCGGCAUGGACAUAAUCUAGACUCAGACAUCCGCAGGACUGAUGAAAGGCGUCAGAUGACUCCUCACUCAUCAACUAGAGCCAGAGAUGGAAGAUUGUAUCAUUGUGAAGGAAUAUCUUCUCCAGAAGCAAAAGAUAUUAUAAGUUGCUCUAGUAGGCGAGCCAAAGAGAGGCACUAUUACCGAAAUAAAGAGUCUGAAAUGCAUAAAGACAACAUGGCACGGUUUUCGAGUGAUUCAAGUUGGAGUCACUAUCAGGCUGAAAAAAGAAUAGAUGUCAGGAGAAAAAGAGAUGAAACUUAUGUCAAGAGGCAUGACAGAAAACCUUGUUCUUCGGAACUUAAUCAUGCACAUAAGUCUCCCAGUGACAAGGAAAAUAGGAUGAGAGACAAGAAGUCCAGUUGUAGGCCAAGAGUCUCCAAACAUGUACAGUGCUACAGGCAUGAUGGGAGGUCUGUGAAUGAUGACCGCAUUCAGGACAGAUGGAAGAUGGUCCGGGUGUCUGAUGAGGAUGGUGGUGGCGGACCACUUCAUUACAAGCGCAAUAAAGUCCGGUAGAAGAACUAAUAUACCUGGUUGGUGAGGUAAACGGUAGAUGUGUACAUAAUCAUGCUAGAUGUAUCUGGAUUCCUUUUUUUGUGUCAAGACUUCGGAAUAACUGUAGUUCUUCCUUACAAUCGUUUAAACAUUGAUAGAAACUAGGAUUACUGGAUUUAACGGACAUCUCCCUUGGAUACACAUAGGUUUGUCUAUAUUGUUAGAAUUUUCUGUUUGUUGACACCUGUCUAAAUUUUUUUUGGUCGAAAAACACCUGUUUAAUUGACGAGUCAGCUUAUGGAUAAUUUCCAAUUGGUCGUAUUUUGUUUUAUCUGCUUACUAAUGUUUUGACCGUUUUUAGCUUGAGUUUGGCAGCUAGCAAAGAACAAUUAAACGAGGGGAGAUGGUUUAUUUACUUAGACUUGUCACGGCCUUAAGCCGUGCACGACUUCUUUUUGCUUAUUGUACUGAAGCCGGUCGAGGUAUGUUCUUCUUUACGAGAGAGAAAGGAAAGGAAAACAAGCAAUGCCAACAAAAUGCUAUCGGUGUUGUUCUUUCCCCUCCCACUCCCGGCCUUUCAGAGUGUCGAAUCACCUUCUCUGGUAAGUGCAAGUCUUUGUGCUCGAGAAAGUUUCGAUGGUGAUCGACUGUGUUUAUAAAUACUUUUCUGUUUUUGUUAAGAAAAGGAGGGCGAGAGAGACGGAGAAUCUUUUUCUCAAGGACCAAUUCGACCAACUUUUCUUAGCCAUUGAGAUUAGGAUUUGGAGUCUGGAUUCCUUUUAUUUUUGCCCUGUAGUGAAACCACAACGUAUCUUGGUGCAACUGUUUCCGAAAUUCUCUUUUUGCCGUGUGGGUUUCUCCCUCAUAACCUCAGAUUUGGUGGUCAUUCGGACCCAAAAUAUGCAGGCAUACAACCGUAAUGCAUCCAUAGAAGUACAUGUACAUAUAUGUUUACACAAGUAUUUCUACGCACAUGCGUACAUAUGCACAUACAUACAUGCAGAUCACUUGAUUUUCCGGAAAACUGUUGAGCCCCUAUUAGUCGACAUGUUUACCAAACUAUUUUCCAGAUUGUGGCAAUGUCCGGUGCUCGUCAUUUUCUUCCCGAAGCAUAUGAUGCUGUGACCCUUUGCAUUUUUCUUGACGCAUUAACUUCAGGUUGGCUUACUCUAUGUGCUGCUUGCAUAAAAUGUGAUAGUCCCGACAUGAUGUUUGUCGUUGUGAUCUACGUUUGUUCAUUGCAGGUAACGCAUCGGGCAUAUCGUCCUUUUUGGCUCUCAAAACUUCUUUCCAUCAAACUCAGUUUUCUUUUCUGGAAGUGCUUUUGGUUACACAUCCUUUUCAACGAGAAAAAUUCACGUCCUCGUGUUUCAUGCCCUAGCUAUAUGGUUAGCGUGAAAAGUAUUGACAGAUUUCAGUUUUCUUCUUGUUUCAGGUCGAAGAUCUUGAGAACGAGUAAUAAUCAUUUGCUGAGUCCCCAUGAAUUUUCCGAUUUCCGGAAAUUAUUCUGGUCAAUGCAUUUUUUAACAUUUCUCCUUUUCUUUUUCUUUUUAUUGAAAAUGAACAGGGGAUACGUGAAGAAUUUUCCCUUGGCCGAAGGCAUCUUAAGAUAUUUUUCCAUUGACGAAUGAUGUGAGGAGGCUUUGGGUUGCUGGUCCCCCGAUCGGCACAGUGGACAAGGGCAGCUAUAAAAAAUGACGAUGACGGCAUCUUUAGGUGGGAGAUUCGAAGAUUCCGGAGACGUGUCAUCAAUAAGUGGGAAAAUAAAUCAAGGAAAAAAAAAUAUUAAAAAUGGUCUUCGGCUUCAAGUUAAUAUAUAUAUAAAUCAUCAAAUUAAUAUCUUGUGUCGUAGGCUAACUCUACCCUAAAAAAAUCUAACACCCAUCCACUCAAUCGCCUCCGCUCCGGUGAGCUUAGCUCAGUCCGAUAGACCCACUGCUGUGUCUUCCCUCUCCACUGGACACACCGCCGUGGCUGGUGGACCCCAAAUAUGAGGACGACAAAGGUUGCGGCGCCAGCUUAAGGCUAGAUCAAGGUUGAUCUGGUGGCCAUGGCUGAGCUUGGCUAUAGGGCUUGUGUGUCUCACUAGUCUGCCUAUUGUGGUUCUCGUAGCUCGAGGUCGACCUCACAUAACAUUGGUGACCGUAAGCCGGGGCCUCAGAUGGAGCUCUCUUGGCCACACUGUCGUGAGCCUUGGUUUGUUGCCGUACUGUGCUGAAUGGGUGGAGAGCGAGCUCAAAAAUCUUUUGGAAGGUUUUUCAUGUUUUGUUAAUCUUUAAAUCAAUGAUUAAAAUCAACACGGGACUAUAUAAAAUAUCGAUUGAGCU